AUCUUGAUGUUGGUCAAGCUUCGCUUCGUUCGGCUCUUUCUUUCUUGACGCUGGCGUAUCCGUUCUCGCCCUGUAGAUCAGGUGCAGCUUCUCUUAUCUAAUCAAUUUUCCUUUACGAGAUAUUUAAUUACUAAUGUCCAUAUGGGCGACAAUGGAAGCCCAUUCUCGACUCAUGGCAAUGGCGGAAUGAAUGGCAGUCCGAACGGUGGCAGAGGGGGAAGAGGAGGUGAUGGUAGUGGCGGACUGGGACCACCGCCUCUCAGUGUAAGCAAACCGUUUCCAACAUCGGCACCCUCUGGACGACCGACAUCACGGCCACCUUCGACAUUUCAAACAACGGCUUCUUCCGCUGCUUCGCAAACCAAUGUCGGUCAGUCAUCUCAAACCUCUGCCUCUUCGUCGCUCGGUCUCGAAGACGCACCAACAAACACCCACUCCAGUCUGAAUGGCAGCAUAAUAGCCGCCAUCACAAUCCUCAUUCUCCUCAUUCUCUCCAUCCCCCUCGCGUUCCUCAUAUACCGCCGCCCCCGACGAAAACGCCAAUACCGCAAAUCCAUCGACGCGGCACCCACUUCCCAUCUCCCCCUCUACGAAUACUUCAUCGCGCGUUCCAUCGCCUCCAACCGCAACAGCCUCCAAGAUCUCCAACACUUCUCUCUCCUGGACGCCAAAUUGCUCCCCCCGAACCCGGAGGAACACCCUACCUUCCGCGUCUCGAUCCCUCCUCCCGGACGCGCACAUCUCCGCUCCUCACUCGCGAUGACGGAACGCUCGAUAUCGGUAUAUUCGGACACGAACCUGUACUUCAUCACUAGCAAGGAGAUUGGCAUGGAUGUUCGGCUUCCGUCGCGAGGCGGAGAGCGCCUGUCGAGACUGGGGCUGGAAAUGGCGAACGAUAAUCCUUUCAGGGCUUCUCAAUUUCCAUCUCGAUUAUCGAAGCUGGGAGUUGGGAUGGGAAAGGAGGGAGAGGGCGAGAAUCCGUUCAAGACAUCUCUUGCGAGUCCCGUGGGCAGCCCGAAGUUCAUGAUUGGAGAGGGGAAGUGGAGGCGGCCUUAUAAGGGGAAGUUGAGGCUGGGGAUGGGUGUGCAGAGGACGUUGACGCCGAGCUCAGAUCGUGCCAUGGAGGAAGAGUGGGUAGUUUGAUGAACGUCAUGAUUUGACGAUGAGAUGAAAUGAGAUGUUGGAUUGUUUUAGCAUUAGGUGUUUGGGCGUUGGACGGAUGCUUUGGUAGCCUUUGCGGGACGUUGGGUCUGGGUUUUUUCCCAUCAUGCUGCAGUGCAGCUCGACUUCUCUUCUUAUACAUAUAAAAUCUAUGCUUUCAAGGAUUCGCAGACGAGGUCCGGUCCUUUUGCUUCAUCCACAGUGGUCAUAUUGCGCCCCCCAACCUGUUAUUGUCCACCUCCACUCUCCGCCUCCUUCAACUUCAACAAUCCUACUGAACGAAGUUUGGGGAUGACAAACUCCUCGAUCCACUCUGUACACUUUCACACUCUAUCCCUCGCCUCUCCUUCCUUACGGAAAGUACCAUCACUCUUGAUCCGUUCAAUCUUCAUCGUUUCCACCUAAACUUCCUCUGUACCGGAGGCACGGG